AUGGCUGAUCAAAGUGGUAGUGGCAUGGUUUUACAAAAUUCAGCUCAAGAGACUGAUGAGUUGAGAUUUAUAGAGAAACUUGUCAAAGUUACUGAAAAUAAAGUAAACCGUUCAAUCCUCAGUGUUGCUCCUUACCUAAUUGGUAUACAUUUACGGGUUAACGAUAUUUGCUUGUGGUUGCAACAUAAAACAGAUGAUGUUGAUAUUUGGGGCAUUUAUGGAAUGGGUGGUAUAGGGAAGACAACAAUGGCCAAAUAUGCAUUUAACUUUAACUUUGAAAGUUUUGAAAGAAGCAGCUUCCUCUACAAUGUUAGAGAUUUUUUCGAGUCUACCGAUGGACUAAUUUAUCUGCAGAAACAAUUUCUGUAUGAUAUUCUUGAUGGGAGGAAAAUUGACAUUCACAGUGUUGAAGAUGGAAUCAAUCAGAUAAAAAGUGUUGUUUAUUGUAAGAGGUUUCUUGUUGUGCUGGAUGAUAUUGAUGAAGUGGACCAGUUAGCUUCUAUCGUUGGAAUGCGAGAUCGCUUGUACUCAGGUAGUAAAAUUAUAGUGACAACUAGGCACAUAGAGUUGCUGAGGGCUUGUGAAAUUGAAUUGAUUGAUGAUGUUCAAAAACUGAACAAAGACGAAUCUGUUGAAUUAUUUAGUUGGCAUGCGUUCGGACAAGGCCAUCCAGUCGAGCAUUACACCAAGUUCUUGACAAUGAUUAUAGAAUACUGUAUUGGAUGUCCUCUAGCUUUACAAGUUUUAGGUUCUUCUCUCUCUGGUAAAAGUCUAGAUGUAUGGGAAAGUACACUGAGGAAACUAGGGUUGAUUCCUAAUAGUCAAGUAUCCAAGAAAUUGCAGAUUAGUUUUGCCUGUAUACAAGAUGAUCAUGACAAAAGCUUAUUCCCUGACAUUGCCUGUUUCUUUCUUGGAAAGAAUGUAGACCAUGUUGUAUCUAUACUUGAUGCAUGUGGAUAUUAUUCAAUGGUUAGGAUUCAUAAUCUCUAA